AUGACUGCACCUUACAAGUAUGCUUGCAUCCCCGCUGAGUUGAAGGCUCUCCAUGAUGUGGGCUCGGAGAUCCAACGGAUAAACAAUAAAAUCCAUAGGAUCUCUGAAAGUAGGUCGACUUAUGGAAUUGUCGAUAUAGGCCAGGGAGCAGGGAAGAGCUCCGCAGAUCCAAUUCUCCAAGAACGGAGGCUCACUUCUCCUGACUUUCAAGAAGCAGAUUUUGUUGGUUUUGAAGAGGACUCAGAGGCACUGGUCAAGAGUUUGACCAAUGUGACCAAUGAGAUAGAACGGAGACGUUGUGUUGUUUCUGUAGUUGGAAUGGGUGGUCUCGGUAAGACCACUCUUACCAAGAAAGUUUAUAACGCUGAUACUGUUAAGAAACAUUUCCAUAUUCAUGCGUGGAUUUCUGUAUCACAAGAGUAUUCUGCGAGAGAUGUUUUGCAGACCAUCACAAAACGGUGUAUAGUUCAGUCAAAAGAUCAGCUCGAGUUGGUGGAGAAGAUGGACGUUCGUCAGCUGAGCGAGAAGAUCUCUGAGUAUCUGAAAGAAAAGAGAUACUUGGUGGUCUUGGAUGAUAUAUGGAGAAGCGAAGCAUGGGAUGCUUUGAAGGAUGCAUUUCCGGAUGUGAAUAAUGGCAGUAGGGUCGUUCUCACCACACGAAACAAAGAUGUAGCUUUGUAUGCAGAUUCACUAAGCCAGCCCCAUGAACUGCGAUUUUUAAACGAUAAAGAGAGCUGGGGAUUAUUCUGCAAGAAAGCAUUUCCAGGGAAAAAUAACAUUUGCCCUCCGGAUUUGGAGAAAUUGGGAAGAGAAAUUGUUGGCAAGUGUCAAGGUCUACCUCUUCCCAUCGUUGUCAUCGGAGGGGUAUUAGCAAGAAAAGAAGCAAGGGAGUGGGAGAGAGUACAAAAUAGCAUCAGCUGGCAUUUAGUCAAGGGAGAAAUCAAUAUCUCGGGCAUAUUAUCUUUGAGCUAUAAAGAUCUGCCCUGUUACUUGAAACCUUGUUUUCUCUACCUGGGCAAUUUUCCAGAGGACUACGAAUUCCAUGCCAAGAAAUUGAUUCAAAUGUGGGCUGCAGAAGGUUUUCUUGAAGAGAGAGGGGAAGAAACAUUGGAGGAGGUUGGGGAAGAUUAUCUGAAGGAAUUGAUGCAAAGAAGCAUGGUUCAAGUCACAGAAACAAGUUCAAGCCGAGGUAUUAGAAAGUGUCGCAUCCAUGAUCUUUUGCGGGAUCUCUCCAUAUCAGAAUCUAAGGAAGGUAUGUUUCUUCAAGUUCAGAGUGGGAUCAAUGCAAAUGCUCCUCCUGCAUCUAGAGCCCGUCGACUUGCAAUUCACCAUAACAACUCAAGUAAGUACAUUUCCUUGAGCUGUUCCACUCCACACCUUCGUUCUGUGUUAAUGUAUACCCAAGACCGUGUGUGGCUUCAAAGAGAAGAAAAGAUUCUCUACAGAGGCUUUAAGUUGCUUAGGGUGUUGUAUAUACACGGUGUAGGAAUAAAAAAGCUACCGAGAGAAAUAGGUGAACUAAUCCACUUAAGAUACCUCGGGUGUACUGAAACUAGUUUAACAAGUCUCCCAUCGUCCAUAGGCAAUCUUCCCAAUUUACAAACUCUAUUAGUGGAAUCCGGUUCUGAUAUAGAAGUACCAAGCACAAUCGGGAAGAUGCAACAGUUAAGACAUCUUCAACUAAGUUCGGCAGUCAUGAAAGGGCAACCAAGGCUGGAGUGGAUAAGUAACCUUCAGACUCUAUCAAAAGUAAGGGCUGGCAAAUGGACGAAGGGCUGCUUGGGAAACCUCACCAAUCUUAGAAAAUUAGGAAUAGUUUUAGAAACAACAGCUGAUGCUAAGGUAUUCAAUGAUUCUGUUCUCAAAUUGGGCUACCUCCACUCUCUGUCGGUUUCAGUAACAAACGAAAAGUUGUUGGUCGUCCCUACCUCCUUUUUCAAAUUUAAAAUAGGCAAACAACUCGAAUCACUCGAAUCCCAAGAGUGGCCGCUUCCUCCUUUUUUAAAUAUUUUCAAAUUAAGUAAGUCGUAUUGGUCGCUACCUCCUUUUUCAAAUCUUCUCAAAUUAAGUAAGUUGUAUUUGGAAGGAUACUUAGAGAAGUUACCCGAGUCUGCUCAAUUCCCAGUAAACCACACCAAGCUUACCUUGAAAUACUCCGGUUUAAAGCAAGACCCAUUGGCGACUUAAGAGAAGCUGCAAAAACUCCGCAUUCUCAAAUUGCUGAUAUGUCCGUACGAGGGAAAGGAAAUGGUUUGCUCUUCACAAGGGUUUCCUCAGCUUGAAUCCUUACAUCUUGACGGCUUAAUUGAAUUAGAGGAGUGGAGAGUGGAGAAAGGAGCUAUGCCAAGUCUUUUACAUUUACAGAUAGAUUGGUGCCACCAAUUGAAGAUGCUUCCAGAGGGACUGCAACACGUGACUACCCUCAAGAAAUUGGAGGUGUGGAGGAUGCCCUCUAAAUUCGAGAAAAGGCUUAAAGAAGACAGGGGAGAUGGAGAGGGAGAGGGAGAGGAUUGGCAUAAGAUUCUACACACACCCUCCAUCGACAUAGGCUGGU